ACAGAAUUUCUGGUUUCCUCCCGUUGACAGAAAUACAGAGGUCCUGUGUGCAUGAGAGAAGUUGUAUGAACUGGGAGCACAAGGUGCCGUUUCUUAUUACGGAUUUAGCAGGCUGUUGGACUCUAUGCGCUCUUGUUCUGUCGGGAAGGAUAAGAUAGGCUUUUGCUAUGAGGUGGAUGUACAUAAAGUGAAGUGUGAUUUUUGGUUGAUGAACAUUUGACAUUCUGCAGCGGAAUAAAGUAGAUACAACGGAUCGCCGUAGACUCCUUUUUGUCGCGGAUUGAUCAGCCGUUUGGAUUAGCCAACAGACAGGCUACCAUUCCUCGCAAAAUUCGUUCACCGGGAUAUAUUACUGAUGUGUGCGAUGUGGGGGGUGCAAGUGGUCUUUUGCACCUUCUCCGUGCUGUCCUUUUCAUUUGGAGGUGAUAGCAAAGCACGGAGCUGCAGUGAGGUUAGACAAGCAUACACCGCGAAAGGGUUCAGUCUUGUCAAUGUUCCCCACCAAGAAAUAUCAGGUGAACACCUGCGAGUGUGUCCCCAGGAGUACACCUGCUGCACAUCUGAGAUGGAGGACAAACUCGGCCAGCAGAGCAAGCUGGAGUUUGAGAACUUAGUGGAGGAGACGAGCCACACAUUGAGGACGACCUUCGUCUCAAGACAUAAAAAAUUUGACGAGUUUUUCCUGGAGCUGUUGGACAACUCGGAGAAGUCCCUCAACGACAUGUUCACGCGAACGUACGGGAAGCUCUAUAUGCAGAACUCCGAGGUGUUCCAGGACCUCUUCACAGAGCUCAAACGUUACUACACCGGAGGGAACGUCAACCUGGAAGAGAUGCUCAACGACUUUUGGUCUCGCCUGCUGGAGCGCAUGUUCCAGCUGCUCAACUCCCAGUACCACUUCUCAGACGACUACCUGGAGUGCAUCAGCAAAUACACAGACCAGCUCAAGCCCUUCGGAGACGUCCCCAGGAAGCUCAAGGCUCAAGUCACUAGGGCCUUCAUAGCUGCCCGGACCUUUGUCCAGGGCCUCAUGGUGGGCCGUGAGGUGGCUAACAGGGUAGCCAAGGUAAAUGUUGCCCCCGCCUGCAUCCGGGCGUUGACCAAGAUGCUGUACUGCCCGUACUGUGGAGGCAUGCCUGGGUUGAAGCCCUGCCACAACUACUGCCAUAAUGUGAUGAGGGGCUGUCUGGCCAACCAGGCCGACCUGGACUCUGAAUGGAACCUGUUCAUAAAUGCCAUGUUGUUGGUAGCAGACAGGCUGGAGGGACCCUUUAACAUUGAAGCGGUCAUGGAGCCAAUCGAUCUCAAGAUCUCAGAGGCCAUCAUGACCAUGCAAGAUAACAGCAUGCAGGUUUCAGCCAAGGUUUUCCAAGGAUGCGGUCAGCCGAAACCAUCCGGAAUGGGCAGGUCUGCCCGUGGCAUCUCAGACGUGUUCAAUGCCCGCUUCAGACCCUACAGUCCUGAGGAGAGGCCCACCACGGCUGCAGGCACCAGCCUGGACAGACUGGUCAUUGACAUAAAAGAGAAGCUGGAGAAGUCAAAGAAGUUCUGGUCCAACUUGCCAGAUGACAUUUGUAAGAAGGACAAGGUGACAGAGUCAGACGAGGACCAGUGCUGGAACAGUCAUGCCAAGGCCAGGUACUUUCCUGAGGUGGUGAAGGAGGGUCUGACCAACCAGCUGAACAAUCCAGAGGUGGAGGUGGACAUCACCCGCCCAGACACGCUCAUCCGUCAGCAGAUCAUGGCCCUCCGAGUGAUGACCAACAAGCUUAAGAAUGCCUACAACGGCAACGACAUCUACUUUCAGGACUCCAGUGACGAGGGCAGUGGCUCGGGCAGUGGGAGCGGGUGCACGGACGGCUGCACAACAGAGUUUGUCUUCGUGGGCACGGAGGCGCCCGUGGUGGGGGCAGACAGGAGUGAUGAACGAGCCGCAGCAGCGGGCAGAGGACAGACCCACGGACCGUCCCUGCUGCUUCUAGCAGCUUCCCUCGCCCUCACACUUCUGGCAUGGCACAGGCAAUGGAGAUAAUACUGUACCUGCAUGUGGCCAUCAGGGACCUGCUGUCUCCUAAACACGUAGGACAUUAAGUUCUCCUGUUGUGAGAGUUUCCUAACCGGACAGGACUAUUACUGUAGAACCUUUGGAAGACCCAACGAGAACUGAGGCGGUGGAAUCGAGAGGGUGCGCAGUGCUGCAUCCUUGCUUGUCCCCCAAAGAAUGCUUGGUGCCGUCAGUAAAGCAAGCUUUCACUUCUCUCAGAAAAAAAAAAUCUAAUAGGCUUUCUCCUCCUUUCCAGAACUCUCCUGAACCAUGCUUUUCCCUUUUGAGAAUGUGGAGCACGCUGAAGGUGUUUUAACAGAUUUAAGAAUAAGUGAGAUUACAUAAACAUUUCCUUUCAACCCCAGGCAAGGUUAUGAAAUCCCUAAAAGUAAACAUUCUAAGAAUCAUUUUGUUUCCCAAAAUCCUCCCACAUAACAAAAAGAUUAUGUUUCACUGUGAGCAUGCAUGGCAAGGUCAUAAGUGUGAACUAAGAGAUAGUUUAUUUCAGCUGUUGUUUGCCUGCAAGCUUUUCAGUACCUGGAUUAUGGUGCAAGCAGUCUGGUGCAGGGCUACAAUUAUGUUGGUUUUGGCAUUAGGAAGCAGUAUUUUUCUCACAGACUCUCUCUAAUUGCACAUCUGAUACACUCUAAUGAAGUACCAAUGUCUUACUAAAAUAACUAAUUUUGCACAGAUUUUUAGUUGGACCAGUUGUUUAAAAACAGCAGGCAACACAAAUCCCAUAGAGAGAAGAUAGUCUAUUUAUAUUUCCAGAUCAUUUACAUGUAAAUGUUUUGUACUUGUAACCAAUUAUCUAUUUCCUGAGAGGUAUUGUAUGGUAUUAUAUCAUUUUGCUAAUGGCUACCUUUUUGUUCCUUUCAAGUGUGAGUGUUUUUGGUCGAACAUAUUCAUGUAUGAUUAUAAAGGUGAAAAAACAUUUAUCACAAUUAAGGCGUGGUUUUAUAAUUGCAGACAAUUUACACAGUGUUUGACAUAUGCAUCUCAGCGAUCAUCUCUCUGCUCAUAUUUGAGAGAACAGUUCAAUCCUGUGCAAUGUUGUUUUUAUGGUCUUAGUCUAAUUGGAGUUGGAGAGAUUGAUCAUAAACUGCAGUAGGUAAAAACCAAGAGUGUAAAAUGCAAGAAUACAUUACAUUUUUAAUACGUUCAUUUUUUUUAAACAUAAGCUUGACUUGUAUCUUUUAGCUAAAGUUCGGUAUAUAUGUUCACAUGGGGCAUUUGUUAACCUUUUAACCUUCAAGCAUUCUUUUCCACACUUUACUCUUUGUUUUACAGGUACAUAAGGCCUACAGUACUGCAGAAUUAGCUAAUAUACCUUGCUUGAUUUGUACAAAAGAAUACACAAAAUGUGUCUCUAACUAUGCUAGAUGGAACUGCCAAGUGUAAGCAGCGUAUAUCCUCAAGAAAAUCUCUUGCGAAGUUUACAAAUCAUUGAGAAUGCCCUUUCAAAAAUGAAUAGUUUGUGACAAAUUUGCUGGAAAUUACCGUGUGGAGCUUUUGAGGCAAACAAAUAUGUCACUGCCGCAACUUUGCUGGCGUUCACGAGCAUUGUAGCGGUCAAAGUGUCACUUUUUACUAAUUAACAGUUCCCAAGUGUUUACCAGAUAUUCACCCGAAUAGUUGGACUAGAUUUAAGCACCUGAAGUUCACUACACAACUUAUUUGCAUAUAAUAUUCUGCAAAUGUGCUGCAACCAGUUUGCCAUAAACUUAUUUUUGGUAAGGAUCUCGCUUACCUUGCCUCACCUUCAUUUGCCAAAGGGCAACUAGAAUGUAUCAGUUGCACUUUUUAAUAUAUGGAUCAAAGCCUAACCCUGUUAAAAUUUAGGUUAAUAUUGUUCUCAAACCAAGUGAACCAAGUUGAUUAUCAGUGCCCUAAAUUGAGAAAAUAAUAUUGAGGUAGGUUACAGCUAAGUUUUAGUAUUGAUUGAGAGGAUUAGGGUUAGGGUUAAUCAUUAAGCCUUAAUGAAAACACAAUUUCUUUUGUGGCAAUCAUUUUUUUAUGUCUGACUCCAAAAACUAUGAUCAAAAGCUGUAUCUCAACUGGAUAAUCAUUCUGAAAACGAUCCUAAAAGACAUUACCAGGUUAUUCUAAAGGAGUUCCAAGCUAUUCAGAGUCUGGGCAGUAAGUAACAAUUGGUGAUCUUGGCUUCAAUAGAAAGACAAGAGAGAUUUCAGGAUGCUUUCAGAUGAUAGUGUUCUCAUGCCUGGGCACUCCUUCCCCUUCAACUCGACUCACAGACUACUGUGGCGUCUUUAGAAAUCAGAAACUCAGGAGGCAGGGAAAUCCGUUGCAGAAAAGGUUGAAUGCGCCCGUAAGAGCCUUUCCACCGAACUGUGAGAGCAGCCACUGUGAAGAAGAGAGUCUUGAAUUUCGUGAAUUUCUGAAGAGGAGGUGCCUUCUCUUCUUCAAAUGACAAAACAGAAACUGAAUAAAAAAAGAAGUCUUAUCUUGAGUGGUGGGUAUUGUGUCCCUAAAGGGCUUUAUCACCACAAAUAUCACAAAGGUCCUCUUAGUUGGAGAACCAGGGUUUUUUUCUUAACCCUCGACAACCUCUGCCUUUCCUCCCUUUCCCAACAGGCCUUGGCUGUUGAGGUCAGAGACAUUUUCCAUCUGAAUUGUCACUUUUGAAACUUGCUCUAUGGGUGUUUUCAUUUUUUUGCUUUUUAUUUUUGUCUGAAUGUACUGUAUGGCUUUGCAAAUUCUCUUAAAAUUCAUAGAUUCAUAAGAUUGGAAUCCAUUGGAGAAGUGAUGGCCUGAUACUAUGACUUUGCUUCAACAAAUGGUUCUUAAAGAAAUGUGUCAUGCAAAGUCAUUUUCUCCUUUUAAUUUCCAGAUAUUUUGCUGCACUUUUAUUAUACUGUUUGUUCCACAAAGAAAUGUUCAGUCUUGUUAAGAAGAAAGCCAUUUCAUGUGCACUCUGAUUUGGCCCAACAUUUUAAACUAAGUGAGGAGCACAUGUAGAAAUUGCCAGAGCGCGCUGUUAUCAGCUGAUCAGGAUGAAAUUGAUGAUCGUACAAGCAGACAUGCCUUACCAUUUUUUAAGGACUAAAAUGGAUUGCAUAUUUGGGUUUUGUUACUCGUUGUUCUAUACAAAAAAAAUGAAAGGUGCAAAUAAACAUUUUAUUAGAAAAAUAGCUGACUACUGGUGAAUUAAUCUGUCUAAACCACACAGGGGUUGAUAGAAAUUGCCAGUCCAGUUGAUAACCCCAUUGUAUACAGGUCUAGAUCAAGAUACAGUACAACAAAAAAGUAUCACAAAAGUUUCAAUUAUCCUUAGUUUGAGCGCCAAAAGUUGGUUCUUCUUUUGGUACUAAGUUAUGGGGAGAAUAUUAUGCAUAUUAAUUAUCAAGUUGGUUGCAGGUGAUUAUUUUACUGCAAUAAAAAAGGUGAUAGGAGACUUAAUGAUGACUUGAGGCCAGUCAGCAAGAGUAUGCAUGAACCCGAAGCUCCAAUGCUCCAAUAAUAAUGCAUAGGCAUUUUCUACCAGAAUUAUUAAUUAUUAGUAUUAAUUAUUAAUUCCAGCAUCUCUAGAAUGCAUUGUUAAAUAAUUCCCACAAAUUCUAUCUUAUUCUAAAACCUUACAGUGGUAUUUGAAAGUCCUAUUUCAAUUUGGUUCAUUCUCUAAUAGAACCAGUCUUUUUUUAGAGUUGGCCUAAACUUGCUUAAGUAAUUACAUGCUAAGCAGAACUUUUAGAUGAGUUUUCCUUUUAUCUUUCAGCACCCUCUCUGCCCUUCACAGAAAUGUCUACUGUAUGCAUAAACAGCUUUUGUAGUGUGCUGUAAAAAGGUCCAGUGAACACAUACAGUAAUAAAAGAACCAUGUUUUGAAUACAGUGUACACUACAGCCUCAAGAUGCCCUACUGUACAGAUCUUAUGUCCUGUUGAAAAGUGUCACACGGUUUAAAGAAUACCUUAUAGAACAGAUAUAUUUUUCAUACUUGUUGGAUCUGCAGCGCCUGUACUCUAGCCCGCACACACGUGCAUCAAUUGAAUAAUUCUUAAAUGACAACUUCAAUGGGGACAUAACACGAAACAGCCUCAUAACUGAACUUUUAUUCAUAAUAAAUACUUUUCUUUCUGUA